GGAGGCUGAACAGUGACUCGACAACACGCGCAUGCGCAGCUUGCGCAGCAACGCCAACUUCCUGCAAAAUAGUGCUCCUUAUCAACAGACAAAGCUUUACACUUUGGAUUCAAAUGGACAUGCUUAAAUGUUAGCGUUGUGACUUCCCACCUUCAAUGGGUCCGCACAGACUCCCCAGGUCCGGAGAGUAGGCUGUGACGGCGCGCUGUCUUGUCGGGUCGCUCUGCCGCGGAGAUGGAUGACUCGCAGGAGCUGCCGGUGAAAAAAGCCAAGCUUGAUGUAGACCAUGGACUGGAAAAAGAACAAAGUAAUCUUGGAGAAGAUGGAAGCCCUAAUGCUGUGCUCGCUCCAUCAGAGCAGGGAAGCUCUUACUCUGCCCUGUCCGUCUCCCAACUUGGCACACGGGACGGGGAAUCUGAAGGAGAGAUCGGAUCAGCGCCCCAGUUGAACUCGUACGCACAUUCUGCCACAGACACAACAGCUGGGUCUGAAUACACUCAGCAGGUCUACGAAGGAAGCAACCCCGUGGUGACAACAUACCCCAGUCCAAUGGCCUUCCCCCCCCUGGCUCAAUCUGCUGUAUACUCAGCUUUUCCCCAGACGGGCCAAACGUAUGGCCUCCCACCUUUUGGUGCUAUGUGGCCAGGCAUAAAAACAGAGACAGGUCUGCCAGAGGCGCCCUCUGGUGGCCAGCCUGGGUUUCUCAGCUUCAGUACCACAUAUACCUCAAGCCAGCCAAGCCAGCUGCACUACUCAUACCCGAGCCAAGGCUCAAGUUUCACAACAUCCAGUGUGUACUCCAACAUCCCAUCAGCCACAGCUGCUACCACAGCAUCCACCACGGUGGCUCUCCAAGAAUUUAGCGGCUACAACUCUUUGGGACAGAGCCAGUUUUCGCACUAUUACAGCCUGCCCUCCAGUUACGUGCCCGCGGGCCUGCCGAGCAGUGACGACCACGGUGCCAACGUGGGAGGGGCUGUGUACUCUGCCGUUAAAUCAGAAGAGGCCGCCUCAGCAGGAUUGCCUCCCAGAGAUGCGUCCCCAUCGGAGAACCUCCCCGCAGGGGCGGCUCUGCCCACCAGCGUAGCUCAUACCGCUGGAGCCAGAGACCAAGAUGAGGUCGGCCGACGGAACUCGAUGGGAAAAGCUAAAGGAAAGGCCAAAAAGAGUGACACCUCUCUGCCUACUGAAACCGACCUUGAGCGCAUAUUUCUGUGGGAUCUGGAUGAGACCAUAAUUAUAUUUCACUCAUUGCUGACUGGCUCCUUUGCGCAAAAGUUUGGCAAGGACCCGACGACCAUGCUGAACCUGGGCUUGCAGAUGGAAGAGUUCAUCUUUGAGUUGGCCGACAACCACCUGUUCUUCAAUGACUUGGAGGAAUGCGACCAAGUCCACGUUGAGGAUGUGGCCUCCGACGACAACGGGCAGGACCUCAGUAAUUACAAUUUCUUAGCGGACGGAUUCAACGGCCCCAGUGCCGGAGGGGCAACAGGAGCCGCUACGGGCGUCCAGGGAGGUGUGGAGUGGAUGCGCAAAUUGGCCUUCCGCUACCGUCGCCUAAAAGAGAUUUACAACACCUACAAAGGAAACGUGGGAGGCCUGUUGAGUCCUGUGAAGAGGGAGCUGCUUCUACGGCUUCAGUCUGACAUCGAGAACGUGACCGACUCCUGGCUCACCACAGCGCUCAAGUCUCUACUGCUUAUCCAGUCCAGGGGGAAGUGUGUCAAUGUCUUGGUCACCACCACUCAACUGGUACCAGCACUCGCUAAAGUGCUGCUCUACGGCCUAGGAGAUGUCUUCCCCAUAGAGAACAUCUACAGCGCCACAAAAAUAGGUAAAGAAAGUUGCUUUGAGAGGAUCGUCUCUCGCUUCGGGAAGAAAGUGACUUACGUUGUCAUAGGAGACGGACGCGAUGAAGAGUUUGCAGCGAAACAGCACAACAUGCCUUUCUGGCGGAUCUCCGCUCACGGCGACCUGGUGUCCCUGCACCAAGCGCUGGAACUGGACUUCUUGUAAACGGGCGGGCGGCGGUGGCACAUUACGUGGGAAAAGUAGAGACGGCAUUUAUUGUUUCCGGACGGACACUGAUCAAGAAUCCUCUGCGCCUCCAACCGCUGCUCACAUGCAAAUUUCCAGACACCCCGCGGGACUGGCUGAAAGACGGUAAAACAGACUGAGGUGGAGUUAUGAACGGACUGGCCGUCCAGUCGGCUGCUUUCAGUGUCCUCGUACCCAGCACUCCCUAUUCUUUGGCAGCUAAUCCCGCCACAGCUCAAAUUUGGACGCAGAAGGCAAGACAUCAGUUUAUAUGCCUCUUGAAUUCUUUUAAGUUGAAACAUCUCCCUCCUUAUUUCAAAUUAUCAAAGGGCUCUCUCACUUUAUGUCCGUAGGUUUUAGUUUGCAUUUAAAACGUACAAGACAGCUUUUGUUUUCUGAGCUCAUUUGCACUCGUUCUGUUUGCACUCGUUUCGACAAUAUCCAUCAAGUAUAGUGACACCCCCCACGCUGUUUGUGGGGGAUGGAGAACGAGCCUUUCGGCCCCAAAAAUAAAAGUCCCCCCACCAAAAUGAUUAUAACUUCAUAUGAAUGCCACAAGAUGGUGGCAAAGCACGAGUUUUGUCAAAAUGAAACUCCUCAGCUCACUUCAACGUAAUUCCGCGACAUAAAGAUGCUUACAAGAUGGUGGAAAGGCACUAUUUCUUUGACUUACUUCAGCAUGGUUUCUUGCCUCCAUAAUACCAAGAUGGCACCAAAGUAAUACUUUCGUUGCAGCGAUUAGGUGAGUUUCCCAACAGAUAACUGAGGAUAGUUUAACCCCAAUCCAAAAAUCUGAAAAUACUGAACUGCAAGUACGCGAGGGUUCACUGUAGUUGAUUGUGUUUCCUUGUUCGUUUGCUUCCCAUGGAGCCUCUGCAUAAUUCAAAAUGAGAAACUCUUAAUGGGGGAGGAAAUAUCGUAAUAAAACUGCAGCCCUGACAUAACCUCACACAACUCCUCUCCAAUGAGAUUCAAAACAAAGUAGUAUUAGUAGCACAGAGAGGUUUUGACCCUGUGGAGAUGAUGUAUGUUGAUAUUUCUGUUGAGCUGAAAUGGGUUCCCAAUGUUGUUUUUUGAGUGAGGAGGGGGGAGAUUUAAGAAAAAUAAAAUUAAAAAAUUCCCCCAUGAGAGCAAACAUUCAUCAACUCUCAUCUGUUGGCCCCUUUGGCUGCCUCAUCGCACAAGCCCAAGUGUCCUUCCAGAGUGUUAAGAUAAGUAACAUGGUAUUAAAUAUGAUUUGUUGGCCAUUUUUCUUUUGUUUAAAUGAGCAGAGAAGAAUGUGACCCUUGUAAAUAAUUUAUCAAAGUCGCAUUUUCCGAUUUCUCGUUUUGGUUUUACUAAACUCGGCCAGACUCCACUCCCGCAAACACUGAGUAGGUGUCUUUUUUUUCUCCUGUCUCAAUGUAGCAAAGAACUAUUGAAUGCAUUUUGGCAAAUCAGCUCAUAAAUCACUGGGCUUGUUACAUAUAUUUUCGGAAAGUGCUUAUUGAUGCAAUUGAAUGUCAAACCAAAUGUUAACCCAAAAAAAAAAAAAAUUACAGCAAAAGCAUCGCCGUAUUAAUUGAGUCAGUCAACAAAUUUGAUUUAGGUUUGCGAGCCAAAUGCUUUGAUUGUUUACAUCACAGUUUGGGGAAUGGAUUUGGACUUUUGGUAAAUGUAGGAGAACACGGCAUGACAAGGUUCCGUUGUCAUGCGGACGGAAACGGUACUAAUGAGAUGGCAACUGUGCAAUACAUCUUUUGAUUGCUCGUUAAAUAUAGUUUGGAGGCUAGGUCAACCUCAUGUCCACGUGGCAUGGAUGACUGAACAAUUCUGAGCCUGAAGGUUUCUUCUUUUACUCACUUGCAGCUUUUGGACCGUUAAGAAUGUGUAUUUGUGUGCAUUUGGUUGUGUGUGUGUUUUUUUUUUUAUUGUGUUUGCAUAUUUAUAUUGUGCCUUUAACCAUCUAUAUGCAUAAUCUCAAAGGGAAAGGUGUAAGAGUUUGUUUAAUCCGCGUAACAUUGUAUUAUGUUAUCUUAAGUGUUAUAGUUCUCCUUUUUUUAAUGCUGUUUUCUUUGGAAUUCAGAUCUUUUUGGAAGUUCUUUCAAAUUGUCGUUUUUUUUCUUGUUUAGAAGUCGGCAACCAUUUUGUUUUAAAUGUAUUCAAAUAGCUCAUGAGUUGCGUGUGCUCUGUGUUCCUGUUGAAUAGAUUCAAAUUAGUUGCUGUGACAUCAUAUUGGCUUGGAGACAAUCAAUACGUAAGUAAUAUUGUACGUGGUAUUACUGGCUUGGAAUUACUAAAAUAGGCGGGGGAAGGGGCAAGUUGAACAAAGGAUAAAACCCAUUAUUUUUGUUCACUUUAUGCACAAUAUACAGAAUGCCCCUGCAAUGACUGACAUGAAAUAAUUUUGUUCCGUGAGUACCCUGCAUGCAAUGUUUGUUUUCAAGUAAACAACGGGGAUGCAAUGUUGUAAGUACAAUAGUCUCUGACAACUUUUUCAACCUAAAAUUUGCUUUUUAUUUUUUAUCAUCUCUUGGUAAGGACUCGUGACGGUCUUUUUUGU